GAUUUUUGUGUAACUUGUUAAAAUGUUAACUUGACGCCUUUUGGACCUUCAGAGAAGCAGAACUUUGGCCCGGUUCACCAGGUCCAGAUAUCCUCUCACUGGCCACUUUAUUAGGCACACCUGAUUGGAGAAACGUCUGCUCCUUGGACCAGAUUGACCUGAUGACAUCACAGUUGCUGCAGUUUCCAUGAGCAACGUUGGUGUUGCUGCCAGAACCUUUAUAUGGUUCUGUUGCAGACUCCAGGUUCAGUCGGGUUAGGGUGAGCAGAACCUCUGGACCUUUUUCUCUGGAGGUCAGUGAAAGGUCAACAGGAAGUUGUAAGAUGUGCAAACAGCCUUGGCUUCGUUUGGUUUGGCUUUAAAACCUCUGGAAAACCAUCAGGACGAGUUGUUGCUAUGACAACGCGUCCUGUAUUGAGGGCAGGUGAGUCAGGUGAGUGUCUCCUGCUCAGGUCCUCCUGUCGGGCCCUCGGCUCCCAGCGUCCCCGUCAGACCGCCGGCCCUCUGAGGAUGUCGGACCUUGUGAUCCUGCUGGGCUCCAGCUUCGGGACCGGGACCGGAAUGGACCCCCGAGCCACACAAACGCUCGCUGUGCUGUUUCUGGUGGCUGGCACACUGGUUUCCAUGACGACCACAAGCUCACCUGCUGCAGUUGUGUUGGAUUUGAACAGGACAAUGGGGUCGUCAUCACAUAAUUCAUCACCCGCCCCCGCCAGGGGGGCCUCAGACUUUGGUUACCAUGGUAACAGCGCUGGAGCCGGUUCAGCAGAGGACCAGGAAGCUGGUGCUCAGGGCAUCCACCUACUGCUGAGACCUCCAGACCUGCUGGCCCCCAGUCUCCCCCCAGUACUCCCCCCACACAGCCAGCCCACCCUCACCCCUCCACCCCCCUGGGAGCAGGGCCCCUCCCUAGAGGAAGCAUGGGGCUCUGGGGACUACCUGGAGACUCUGUCCUUCAUGGUGCCUGACGGGGAGGAACUGGGCCUUGCCACACCACUACCAAGCCACCCUUGGGACGAGGACUCUGAUGGGGACUGGGUCUCUUAUGACACGGCCUUCCCGGCCCGUCCAACACUCCCUCUGUUUUCCCGUCCCCCCAUCACCCCCUCCUCCACCCCUACUGUUCCUCUGCACACCCACACUGCCCAUCUGGAUGUUUUUUCCACAUGGGAUGAGGAAUAUGACCUGGAGGACAUGAUGCCUCUGGAACCGACGGAGGUGCUGCUGCCGGACAUGAACAGUCUGGAGUACUACACCAACCUUCUGGCCCGGGAAAAGCAGAAGGAGAUGGAGGACCAGAUACCUGGUACCAAGUCCAGACCCUCCAUUACUCCCACAACAACACAAACUCGCCUUUCCCCUCUGACCCCAGUCCCAACCCUCAGUGGGUCUCCACCAGAUCUAGAGCAUAAACAUCCACCACGAGGACCCUUCCCUCCCGUCACUCCCUCACCUUCUCUUACAAGUGAAAAGUCACCUACUCUACCAAGCUCCUCCCAAACCCCUUCCACUCCUGCUCCACCUUUUACAAAAACCAAAGGCCAUGGUCCAGGCCUCCCUCCUCGACCCCCAUCUAACACUACCAGCCAGGUGCCACCCCCUCCCCCACUGGGACCACCGGUUCGGCCUGUCAAACCAGAACGACCAUCAGUGAUCACAGAAAAAACAGCUAAACCUCCAGCCAUAACGACUACCACCCAGAUUACCUCCAUCAGCCUCACCAGAGGGCCCCCAGUUACCACACCCAAAGGGGCCCAGACUCCGCUCACCAGACCGUACCUGUGCAACGUCACCAAGCCUGAGCUGUAUCUGGUCAGAGUGGUGAGUUCUAAAGGCUCAUCGGCCGGGUUCAGUCAUGUCCGCGAUGUCCUGAGGAGAGAGUUCAACCGCUCAAUAGAGCUGCAGUUCCUGAGAACUCCAUCCAGUUUUGCCUUUCGUGUCGUGUCUGGACCAAUGAUAUUCACUGCCGUAUCUGUCAUCAACGCUCUCCGUCAGUCACCGCGCAGUUCAGGCCCCCUUCCUACAGUUUCCCCUCUUUAUACCAUCCCUGACCUCUGGUACCAGAUCCACUCGGUGCUGCAGUUUGUUCCCACCCAUGUUGACGUCAGAGUGUGCAACUUUAGUGAAAGGGUGGAGCGAGGGCUGAUGAUGGCAUAUGCAGAGAGCCGAAGGAGGUCACAUGAGGCAGGAAACAUCACUGUCCAGCUGCUGAACAUCACAAUGAGCAAAGGCUGGCCAGCAGUGGGGCAGAAGGUUCCUGUUGACAUCACUUUCGCUGUACGAGAUGGGAGGGGCUACUUGGCGGGGUCAGAGGUUAGCGAACACCUGAGGAAGCUCAGCUUGGUGGAGUUCAGCUUCUAUGUUGGAUUUCCUGCUCUGCAGAUUGCAGAACCCUUCCACUAUCCGGAGCUAAAUAUGUCCCACCACCUGCGUGACACGUGGGUCCGUACAGUCCUGCUGGGUGUUCAUGAGCAGCAGGUGGCUGAGAGGAGUUUUAAAGCUCGUCUGGAAAGACGACUGGCUGUGCUACUGGAGGAAGGACUGCAGGAGACCAGCAGGAGGCGCUGGAGAAGAGCAACCGCUGUGGGCAACAACAGUUUGCAGGUGGUGCGGAUAUCCAGGCUGUCCGGUCCAGAGCGCCCCCUGGAGGUGUUUUACUUCGUAGAGGGUCCCGGUGGGGAGAGGGUCCCGGCAGAGCUAACUGUAGCCACCAUGAACCGCCUGGACCUUCAGAGGGCCGCCAUUGUUCUUGGACACCGAGUCCAGAGGCCUCUGGCUCAACCUGUAGAGACUCUUUCUGUUCCUCCGGCUGAGACUCAGAGCAGCAGCAUUUGGUUGAUCGUAGGGGUGGUUGUCCCUGUCCUACUGGCUGUCUUCAUUAUCAUCAUUCUCUACUGGAAGCUUUGUGGGUCUGAGAAGCUCGAGUUUCAACCAGAUGCCAUCAACACCAUCCAGCAGAGGCAGAAGCUUCAAGCUCCUAGUGUCAAAGGCUUUGACUUUGCAAAGCUCCAUCUUGGUCAGCACAGUAAAGACGACAUCAUGGUAAUCCAGGAGACGGGCCCACUACCUGCCCCAAUAAAAGAGGCCACGCCCUCCGAUGGUGGAGAGCUCAACACUCCCAAGUCCAAAGGAUCAUCCACUAAAGCAGCACGUUCAAGUCGCCGCAGGGGAAGGCUCAGCCCUUCAGACGAAGACUCGUUAGGAAGUGAGCAGUCCAGCGGCAGGGAGUCGGCAGAGGAAAGCACCAGACCUGUGGCCACACCCAGUGAGGGCAAACACCACAGGAAGGCCCCUAAAAAUGGGAGGAGCAAAAUAGCGGUCCCACCAGGCAGCGGUCCAGAUGAACUUCUCUCCUCAUCCUCCAUCUUUGACCAUGUUGACCGUCUCUCCCGUGGCUCUUCAGAUGGAACCCGUCGCCAGGCCAACAAGGUGCAACUUAUUGCCAUGCAGCCGCGACCAAGUCCGCCUGCGGCACACGGCCCGCCACAGCCGAGUCCCUCCCUCACUGAAAAGGUCAAUACUGAGGUGGCACUAAGGCACAAGUCUGAGAUCGAGCAUCACAGGAACAAACUGCGCCAACGUGCAAAGAGGCGGGGCCAGUGCGAGUUUCCUUCCAUGGACGACAUCAUGGAUGCUUUUGGAGACGGUCCGGUUCAGAGCGAAGCGGCCCAGCGGCUCUACAGCUCCGCCCACGACCACAUGGACUGCAUCCUUCAGGCCGAGGGAGCCUCACCUCUGACCCCCGCAGACUCCAGGAAAAGAGGGAGGCGCUCUCCUCGGGGCCGGAGGCCUCAUCAAGGACCAGGAAGUCUUCCAGAUACAGACAGAGAUCGGCUGCUCACAGACCAGAGCGCCACCUACAGGAAGUACCCCGGACUCAACAAUGUAGCGUACAUGUCGGACCCUGACUUGCCCCCAGACCACGGCAGUCCCUCCCCUACUGAUGAGGUCUUUGACUCAGCCCCAGCUCCCCCUCCUUACAUGCCCCCCCAGCCUUCUAUUGAGGAAGCCCGGCAGCAGAUGCACUCCCUGCUGGAUGACGCCUUCGCCUUGGUAUCACCAUCUUCACAGGCCAGUGGCGUAAGAUAUGCGGAGUUGGGAGUCUCCCCCACAUCCAUCCAGGGUCUGCUGCAGAGGCAGGGCCUGGGCUCAGGAGGAUACGUUUCUACUGGAGAACAACUGCAGGAGUCGGUGUACUCCAACAGGGGGAAGUAUGAAGACCCUCCUUCAUCCUCCAGACCCCGACCUGUAGGGGGCAGUACAGGGGCCCAGCUUCACCAUCUGACUCAGGUGGGUUUGUCCAGUCAGAUCGGUGCGUACCCUGGAGUAGGUCGCAGUAUGUCUGGACCCACUGGCUCCAGCUGGCACCAGCAGCACUCAGACCAGGACCUAUGCAGACCUGGAGGUAGCAGAGAAAGUGUGCUGUCGUUCCCUGAGUUCUCCUCUUCAUCUGUUUUUCAAAUGCCCAGCUCUUCGUUACGGGACCCAUCGGCUCCGCCCCUCCUCUUAACCUCGCCCACCCCAGAAUAUCCACCCGAGGAUGCCUCACCAUCUGCCCACACAUCCGCCUCCCUCAUCAAGGCGAUCAGGGAGGAGCUGCGACGGCUGGCCCAGAAACAGGCGGCAGUGACCAGCUACCCUUAACUGACCUGCACCUUUUUAAAUCAGGAGUUACAGUAGCUGUUCUACUAGUUGGUUAAGUACCUUGAACUGUGCCGCUAAACGUAAAAUACCCAUGAUCUAAAUGGCAGCGUCUCCUGACGACCAUCAGGACUUAACAGGGUUUUAUCUUUUUAUUUGUCUGUCCACGACCCUUUCGCCCUGCAUUCAUCGCCCAGAUUCACGUUUCCACUAAAGUGCUUCCUGGAGUAGAUCACUGAGGAUCGACCGACCUGGACUUCUACACUGACUCAUCCUUUCUGAACCUCUGGAAGAACAAUACAGCCCCCAACCAUGAAACGAGAGGUCCCUCUGAGUUGUGAAGUUCAUGGCCUUUUGUGGUCUAGUCAUCUACCUUCAACUCUUGGAGCUCAUCCCUCCUGGCCUUCUGAAGUGGAUAAUACCUGUUGGAGUUCUGAAGCAGAAGCAUUGCGAUUGGUUUGAUUUUGAACUUGGAUUGUAUCUAUCUUAGUGGGAGAGUUUUCAAUUGGUCUUUAGUGAACUAGUCACACAUCCUGCUCUUUUGGUUAAAGCAACACCUUGCAGAGUGAAUGUCUCUAGUUGUACAACAAAAUGUUUUCCUGUUGUCUUUGAGUUCCUGGUGUAAAAGGGCCCUUUAAACCUUUGGUCAUUGCUCCCUACUAGAGUUAUGAAGGCUGGGAUGACCCAUCAGUCCUUGUUGAGCUAAUUCUUCACAUGAAGAAAACUUCUGAACCCUUGUAGAUCUGAUGAUGGGUCUUAUGGUUCUACAGCAGAUGAACACUUCUGGAUUAAAUUGACCUUCUGAAUAAUAUGGUAUGGGUUCCCCCUUUUAGAGUUUGAACAAUGUUGCUCCAGUGUUUUCUAGUUUAGUUAUGAUUCAUACGUGGACUUUAUUCAACCUUUUUAGCCUUCUGAGAUAAAUGGGAAACUCUGGAAAUCUGCAGCAGAUCGUUGUUUCCAGGAUAUUUAGGCCAUUGUUAACCUAGAGGGAACAUGUGAAGCUCACUGUCCUUCCAGAACUUGAGGGGCAUUUGCCCAUUCUUGGGGGUGUAUCGUUCCUUCUGAAGCAGGUCAUCUUUCUGGAUUCCCUGUGGUGCUAAUUGUCAGCCUCAUUACAUUUAAACAUUGACCACAUACUGCCUUCCAUGAUCCAUCAGCCACGGUGAUCAUGUAUGCAUCUACGAACCAUACAGAAAAUAUAUUUGCACUGUUUAUAGCAGGAGGUGCAGCAAAGUUCUGACAGCAUGACAAACUAUUAGAAAAAAUACACACACACAUACAUGCACAUAUAUGUGUGUGUGUGUGUGUGUGUGUUCAUAUAAAGCUAUAUAAAUGAAAUACUUAGAAAUAGAAUCCCAAUGAGCACAAUAUUAAUGUGAGAGUUACUAUUGGAGUAUUGAGAUGUUCUGUAUUUUUUAUUGCUUAUAUAUGAAAUUAUGCUUUAAUGCUUUAUUUAAAUCAAAAAAAGACCAAACUACUGUUCCACGGUUGUAAACUCUUGUGUUUGAGCUUGCUGUAGAUUCUGAGACCGUUUGUUGCGUCGCUGCUAGCUUGUGUGUUUGUGUAUCAGUGGUAAAAAAGAAAUUGCAGCAAAAGCAUCACUUCUCCAGCUUUUUGUGAUUCAUCUGUUGCUCCCAUCUGUUUUCUGUAGACACUGAAGAUGGCGCUAAUGUUAUGUUGGAGAUGGUUGCAGUGUGGAGAUGGGAGUCUUGGUUUUCUUCUCAGCUGCAGCUGCUUCUCAAUGAACAGUUUGAUGCUGGACACAAGAGGAUCAGCCAUGAAAAGAAUGAUUCCUCUUUUCAGUGAAGCUCCAAAAAAGAGAGAAAAGGAAAAGAAAUGUCACCAACCUGAGCUGUUGGUUUAGUUUAGUUUCCAUGGAAUCUGGUGGAACUUUUCAUUUUCAAAGCAUAAUCGCUGAAAACAGAAUAAUCAGCAACAGACCCACAUAUUUAGCAUCUGAACGAGACCUCGUUCAUUGUCAUGAUGUUUCCAAGCGGCCCCAGCCCUGCAGCAGCAGGAAAUGUCCAGACUGAACUCGGCAGUGGUAGGAGCUGAAGUUGCAGGGAAAAGGUUUUGUAAACGCAGCUGAAAAGGAGCCAGAGAUAAAAGCAUAAGAAGUGCUGCUCUGGUCCAAACAGUCAGGCUGAUGGUGGUUUACUGGUUUCUGUUCAGGUCAGUCAAAGAGCUUCUUUACCAGCAACAUGUAACCGUUACCAAGGUUACGCCAAUAUGACAAGCUCUACAUUGUUCAGUCAGCUUGUUGAGCGGCGUUUAGACGACUCUGUCCACACGGCAAUGAAAGGAUAAGAUCCUUUUUCACUUCAAAAUACGAGUCAAACUGAACGUUUGCACAUUUCCAUCAGAUCCUAGAAUUCCUCCUGAAUGUUAGAGAAGAAAAAAGCUCCUAUGAUGUCCUGUUAGGAUGAUCAGCUGAAUCAACGUCUCCAAUCCUCAUUGAACUGAACUACAAUAAGAUAAUUCUCUAUUGGGUUAGUGUUGCACUUUCUGCAAUUGGGACGCUUCAUGUUCUGGUCCGUUAAAAGUUCAUGUGGCUCCAACAACCAAACCUGAUUUGCAGGCCAUUAUUAGCUUAUUUUCUGUUUGUGGCAACUUUCCUGGAAGUCUGCAAACAUCUAGAUGAAAGCUUGAUGGAGUUCAAGUGCAGUUUAAGACGAGCUUCUUCUUCUUCUUCUUCUUCUGUCCCAUGGCGUCCACAAGCCCACUUUGCCUCAGGAAGUCCUGACGCUUUGAUUCAGCCGCUGCAUCUCUGCUGAAAGAAUCUGUUGCUUUCAGGAAAGCCGUUGACCUUUUGUUUCCACAUGAGCUUCUGCUUUUCUUGGCAUGUUCCACCAUGUUUAAGGCUUUAGCUGUUUUUGAUGUCCCCAGUAAUGUUCGGCAUGCUGCUAAAAUAUGUAAAAGUUCAAACAGUGAAGAGUUGUUUCACGUCUAGGUCAGUGAGCAGUGAUUCAUGUCUCAGCUCAUUAUUCAUCAGCUUUUUUUAAAUACAUUUCCAAAUGAUAUUUUUUAAUCUCAAAGAAGAUGGUUCUAGUAAACAGUGUAUAAAUGAAAGUGGACAUGAUGUUGAAUAGAAAUAUAUAUAUAUAAAUAUAUCUAAAAAAUAUUUUAUCUGUGAUUGCUAAAUGGACUAAAUGGAAGAUCAGCUCGGCCUGGUGCCAACUCCUCCUUCAUGGACCAACUGCAGAAUGCUACUGGCUUGGAACUCUGAUUGGACAAUGCACCUGUCCGUCAAGCUGUAGGGCUUGGCCACGCCCACAGGAUCACAUGGUGCUAUUUCACAGACUCCAGGUGGAUCUGAAAGCCAUCAGAUCACCGUCAUGAAAAGGACAAAAGUCCUGCAGAUGUUCCAGGCUGCAGGUUCCUCCUGAAUGUUUCCAGCACAAAGUGGAUGUUCCUCCAUGUUUUCGAUGCUCGCAGGUCACAGAAGAUCCUUCGCUAAGCAGAGUGUCCAAAUAUAUUCCAUUUGGGGUUUUGUGAUUCUCACAUCUGCACAGCUUUUUUCUCCUUUGUCACAUUGGACCUAAUAAUGUACAGUAUCAGUUUUACCUGAACUAUGUAUAUCUUUGGACCAAUUGACUCACUGUUGUAGUGCAAACCUGGUAUUUUAGAUCUGUUUGUUAAGAACAAGCGGCAGCUGGACCGUCCUCAUGGUCUGCAGGCUGCCCAGUGAACCAUGAGUUGGUUGUAAUGGAGUCUUUAAAGUCAAAGCUUAAUUUGGGUCCAAAGAAACCCAGAAUGGCAGUGAAAGGCCUGUGGACACGCAGGGUGGCUUCAUCCAAACUAAAUCUGGGUACGAAACAAAAUGACAAACAACUCUUGGCCUUGACCGGCUCUGAGAAAUGAAGAAUAUCUGGUCCUCAGUGAAAACUGCAGUUUUGUCGUGAAGGAACAUCCACUCAGCUGUUGCUCUGAGCUCAACCACAUUCCUGUUUGCUCUUCAGAACCCGACGGCCUGCCCCGACCCGGUGAGUCCAGCUGUGGUCCAGGCCGGGUCUCAGGGUCUCAGGCGAGCCUCGCCUCCUAGUCGCUCUGUGAGCUUCAUAAUCUGGUGUUUCAAGUCCGACUGAUUGUGUUAACAGACAUUAAUAAAGAGACAUUCAGAGUCAAA